GUCCCAGACACCGCGUUGGACGUGGGAUUUGGUCGGGCAAAACUACAUGUGCUCGUCAGUGGGCAUCGAGUAUCUCCAUCAAGAGCUCACCACCGCAGAAGCGAUCCAGAUCUGCGAACGGUUCCAGGGAACCGCAUGGCGGCCGGGCCGCCAGGUGAUGUGGAGCGGUGUACCCCGUGCCAUCGUUCAGCAAUGGGCAGACGCACACGGGAUGCAGACGCUAACCACGGCGAUGGGCCCUCUCAUGGUCCAUGAUCAUCCGCAAUGUCGGCAUCUCCAUAAAUCGAAGCAAGGCUGGAGCAGAUAUAUGCACGGCGCAUCGGCUCUUUUUGCCUCUCAUAUUGCACAAUACGGGGGAACAGUCACAGUCGUGACACCUCCACCUCCCGAAAGAUUCAACCCGCAUGGAGGGACAAACUACCAAGCAAUCGAAGAGCCAAUUUUGAAGGGGGAAAGAGGACCUUACUGCGUCAAGAAGAUCGAACUGGUGCAUCCCACUGUGCCUGGAGCAGAAGAAUUCUGCUAUGAGAUAUGGCCUGAGGACGAGACCGACUCUUGGACUGCGAAGUUCGCCAAAGCUAGCAAGUCCGCUCCACAUCCUCAAUGGAGGCAUCCCAAACCAAAACGGGCAAGGCUAUAGGAUUCAUAAGAUGUGGAGCGUCCCGAUAUCAAUCCAAGAUUUGACUACCACAUUACCCUACAGGAGAAGGUUUCCUACGCGUGCCUGAGGAAGCAAGUUCAGGUUUCAAAAACAAUUCAUUUGUCAGCUAUCUGGCUGGGUUGGAGGGUGGCUCAGAUUGCCGUCGGAUGGAGGAAAAUCACGCUAGAGGGACUCCAACUGAAUGUAUCACCGUAUGUUUGGUGAAGAUGUCCUCAAACUGAACACCGAUGAGUGUCAUCGACAUGUUGAUGAAAAGUGAGUUUUGUGAUCUUGCAGCAAAUGUCCGGCGAGGCUCCUGCCAGUAAAAUUGUUCCACAAAAGUUGCAAUCCAACUCUAAUAACUUGCGUGAAUCCAGCAUC